AAUCAAAAGCACAACAGUAGAUUCCUGUCCAAGGGUGGAAGACUAACAUUAAUCAAAAGCACAUUGUCCAAUCUCUUGAUGAGCCUCUGGAUUUGUCUUUAUGAUACUUUUGGAGUUUCUAGUGAUUGUUUCACCACAUGGAAUGCGGGGUAAUCUCACUGGAUGUUGUCCAAAUGACCUUGUCAAGCAAAUGUAUUUCAGUUCAGGCAAGCUUAGGACUUCAAAUGGAUUUAUUGGUCUACAGCAUCAUGUUUCUCAAGGAUCAGACUGCCAGAUGAGGGGCCAAGCUUGCUACAUGGAAGUUACCUUAGGUUGCCCUAGAUAUGGUAGUGAUAAGCUGCCACAAUUAAACUCUGCCAGGAAUUUACCUAAGCCCCCUGUUCCUGAAUCCCAAUCAGGUGGAAGAGGUGACCAGAAGGGGCCUCCAGAUUACUUAUCAGUACAUGAAAAAACGUUCAUUUAUCCAGCUGAGGCAGUGCUUGUACCUGUCUUGCAAGCAUCAUUAGCGAGGUCUUCUCUUAAAAGGUUUUGGCUACAAAAUUGGAUAGGACCAUCUCGACAGGGUUCAUCUUUCUUCAAGCAUUGGGCUGGUAACUUAGAUUCUAUAGAAGGAUCUUGGCUUGAAAAUAGUGGAGUACGAAUGCAAAAUGGUUGCAACAGUAGCAGCAACAGUAACUGUAGCAGUGUAAGCUCAAUAAGCAGCAGCUCUAGUGACAGUGAUCACAAGCUGACUGCGGUGGUGGGUGAUCUUGAGGCAGAUGCAGAUUCUUUAACAUGCAGGCAGUCUGGUUUAUCUUCUAAUGAUCAGCUGGAGUAUGACCGUCCUAAAAUGUUAUUUUAUGAUUGGAUCACAGCAAGUAAGAAGCAAUUACUCCAAUUAUGCCAUGAUGAUUCCUGCGAUUUAUCUUAUCCUAUGUAG